AUGCAAGCCAUCCUUGCCAUUCCCCACCCAAAAACAUUAGCUCAAGUGAACAAAUUUAUCGGAAAAAUAGGAUGGUACAGAAAAUUCCUACCAAAUUUUGCUAAAAUUGCUGCCCCGAUUCACAAAGUCACAAACAAGAUAAAGAGGAAGAAACACGAGUUCUAUUGGCAUGAUGCGCAAAUCCAAGCGGCGAACAAAUUGAAACAAAUGUUGACAGAAGAACCAUUACUGCUGAAAUAUCCACAUCCAACGGCGCCAUUCAGUCUGGCUACGGAUGCGUCGGAGUACGCCAUUGGUGGCGCAUUGAAACAACUUGUUGACGGAAAAACCCACUAUAACUAUUUUCUGUCGCGGUUGCUGACACGUCCGAGAGCAACUACAAGACAAUUGAACGCGAAGCGUUAG